AUGACUGAUCCAAUCAAUUCACGACUGGAUGGUACUUUAGGUCUAGAGCUUCAUCUGCAUUCCGAGUAUAUUGGCCCCGCUAGCUUUCAUGAACCUGAACUUCUUGACCUGCGACCAUCUGCUAUGCUGCUCAGUGACAAUGAGAGAUGUUAUCCGCGACGUGUGAAUCAAACUGCCGCAUUUAUCACCUAUCCUGAUAAGGACUCGGCUUCUGAAAUGCAACGCAUCACCGACCUAGAUCGCAUUGAAGAAUCGAUACGUCCGCUGGGACCAACCUUGGUCAAUCUUUAUUUUCGCAUUAUGCACCGCACAUUCCCGAUCCUGGAUAAAGCUGUGUUCUUGGAGAAAUAUGCCCGCUCAUACCGCGAGUUUUCUCCACCACUACUUGCUGCCGUUUACCUUGUCGCGCUAGACUGGAAGCUCUUUGAUCGAACUCUUGCUACUGCACCUCGGACACCAGACACUGAAGCUCUGGAGAAUCUAGCAAUGCGAGCCAUGGACGACGAUCUGAAGCGACCCAAGCUCUCCACAUUACAGGCUGGCCUGUUGUUAUUGCAGAGAAUGAGGUCUUCUAAUAGCACCUUUCCUGCGCAACUAGUAUCACUCGGGCAAACUUUGGGAAUUCAUAUUGAUUGUACAGGUUGGAAAAUUCCAGAAUGGGAAAAAGGUCUACGGCGACGUCUGGCAUGGGCGCUAUACAUGCAGGAUAAGUGGGGCGUUCUUGUGCACGGGCGACCGCCUCUCAUCCCUGCUCAUAUUGACGAAGAUGAUGGGACAAGCGACUGGGAUGUUGGCCCAUGUACAGUCAACGACUUCCCAGAAGAAAUGACCGGUCAAGAGGAAAAUGGGGACGAAGGUGUAGAUGGAUCCGCGGGUCGGGCGGCAUUCCUGCAAUCUAUUGAAUUAACAAAGAUCUUCAGCCGGAUUGUAUCCACUUUUUACUCAGUCGGCGCUACCAAAAAAGGCGGACGACUUGAGCGGGUUGGACCGUCUGGAGCUAUGAGCCUGGCAAAACCCCUAGCGAUGGAGUUACGCGAAUGGCAUGCGGGAAUCCCUGCCCUCGCUGCGGCUAUCGACGAACGGGGCAUUGCAUCUCUCACACAUGGCAGCAGAGCUGACAAUUCAUCGCGCAUUACUCCGCAUAGCUUGCCGUCUCUUCGUUCAGCCAUUAGAACCGCUGCCCGCGCCCGACUCAUGUCAGCCAUGAAGUUGAUUGGAUCAUUUCAGCCAGAACACAUUCAAUCAUUCUGGGGAUAUGCAGCAGCAGCUCAGGUGGCUUUGGUGGGUUCCUUUGCUGGUCUUUUGUGGGCAACGAGUCCUCAAAUGGAUGAAGCAGCGGGGUACGUCGAACAACUGGAAAAACUUCGCUGGGUCUUGCAAGUUCGGGCAUCCGCUGCUCCAUUUGCUCGCGAGGCACUUCGUAUGCUCCAUGAAGAGGUCGGUGAUUUGGCUGCUGUAAAGGAAGCGACAUUCCGAGACUCUUAG